GGUAGAACAAAAUCCUAAGUGAGUACCAAUUAAGUUCUAGUUCUUGGGUUUCGACGCGAAAAAGUAAACCGGUCACCAUCUUGUAAUUAACGGAACGAGGGUGGGUGGUAUUUGUCGAUUAUCAUAAUUAAGAAUUUUUUUCACUUUUAGUUUUCAACUUAACUUAAAGUGAUGAAAUACGGAGUGUUUGGUAUCUAGGUGACUUCAAUUAUUUCUCAUUAUCGUGUGUUGCUUAAGUCUGGGUAAAAAUUCUGGAGUUCAACAUAUGAACAAUAGAUCUAUCAAACACACAUCACCACAAUGUUAGAAAUCCGGAAAAAGUUAUCUUCAUUUUAUCCCACUUAUGUCCUGGCUAUUGUUUCUAUUGGUUAUGUCUUGGGAGAGCUUGGACAUUAUAUGGUAGGAGUGACCAGUAAAGCCAUGGCAAUGGAUCUUCAUUAUGGCGACAUAGCUUGUCAGCUAAACAACACAAAUUACUAUCUCAGCGAUUUGCCGGUGAUUUGUUCAGAUGCGAACAGUUCGGACACGUGCAUGUCGUUGACAAUAGACGACGAGCCUUACUGCGAAUGGACUUACAACGGUUUGGGCUUGGACUAUCAAAUUUUAGCUGGACCCAGUUUCAUCGCUGUAUUCACUGUGGUCGGCGUUAUUAUGGGCUAUUUGGCGGAUAAAUUUAAUAGAGUUAAAAUGCUGGGUAUUUGUACCAUCAUAUUUUCCAUUGCUCUCAUCGUUAGUGGAGGAGUCAAAGAGUACUGGCACCUGGUACUACUGAGAAUGAUAAUGGCAGCAGGAGAAUCUGCCUGUAAUCCAUUGAGUACUGGAAUUUUGUCCGAUCUAUUUCCCGAGGAGAAGCGGGCAUUGGUCAUGUCGAUAUUCAAUUGGGGAAUUUAUGGAGGAUAUGGUAUUGCCUUUCCAGUAGGCAGAUACGUCCCACCAAUAAACGCCUGGGACCUAGGCUGGAGAGUGUGCUAUUACGGUGCUGGCAUUGUUGCCCUAAUUUUUGGAUUCCUCACUCUAUUCACUCUAUGGGAACCAGAACGCCAGACUAUAGGAGAAGAUGCGGCACAAAAUCCCGACGCCAAGAAAGUCACUAUUUGGACCGUGAUGAGCGAACCAAGAGUGAUAAUGUUGUGCCUAGCCGCCUCCAUAAGACACUGCGGCGGAAUGUGUUUUGCCUACAACUGCGAUUUGUAUUACCAAAUCUAUUUUCCUGAUUACGAUUUGGGUUGGUGGUUGUUUGCGGUUACCAUUGGUAUAGGCAGUAUUGGUGUCGUAGUUGGAGGAAUAAUUUCAGAUAAAUUCGUGGGGAAAAUGGGCAUUAGAUCUAGGGUUAUUAUUUUGGCUCUAAGUCAAAUUAUUGCCACUCCUUUUGCCUUUGGCAGUGUUUAUUGCGAACCUCUUGGAGCAAUGAUUACACUUGGAUUUUCGUAUUUUUUUGCUGAAAUGUGGUUUGGUAUUUUAUUUGCCAUCCUAGUAGAGAUCGUACCAUUACACGUAAGAUCAACUACAGUGGGAAUUUUUCUUUUUGUAAUGAACAAUAUUGGUGGCAAUCUACCAAUAGCAGUGGAGCCAGUUUCAAAAGCUAUCGGCUACAGAGAGAGCCUCUACGUAUUUUAUGUGGCGUUUUAUUUAUUGAGUUCCCUAAUGUUUCUUUUGACUAUAUUUUUGAUGCCAGGAAAUAACCCGCAACCUCCUGCACCCCAAAAACAAUUCAAUGGGAUUGACAAUGUAGUUUUUUCGAAUGAUGAAGUACAUUUGCCUCCAAUUACGUCCUUGGUACACAACACUAAACGUACUAAUGAGAGCAAGAGACUGUAAUUAUUUAGAUCAAGUAAAAAUAAUUAUAUUUUUGUAUAUGUGUAUGUCUAAAUAUAGUAAGUUAAUAUUAAAUAGAAUUUUUGUUUUCCUAAAAUGGUCCAAAAGUUACAUUAAAUCAUACAAAUUAUAGUUUAAACUUUUUAAUUCAAAUAAAACUUAUAACAAUACAAAUUAAAAAAAAAAAAAAAUCUGUACAAAAAAAAAAUGCUGUAGGUGUGUUAUUCAGGUUAAUUGAGGCCAAAAACUAAAUACAAAAUCCUUCUGCAAUGUUGAAUUUCUUCCUAAAAAAUAGAAAAAACUUAAAAACUCCAUAUAACAAAUUAGAAAUGUUUCUUACCAAACACUCAUCUCUGUUUCCGCAUUCUUUAAUAUAUUUCUGCAAAACUUGUUGUAAAUUAUAUGCAGGAUUUCUACACUCGCUCAAAGCAGUAGCGUUUUCUUCAACCAGAGUAGCCAACAGGGACAAAACAUGCUCAUGACUGGGUCGUCUUUCAUUAGAUAUUAAACCAAUCAGUGUAGGAAUGCAUUC